UUUGGUGCAAACGAAAGGUGUGCGGAAAGUAAAGGCAUUUGCCUUUCGUUCACAAUACGUAACAUAGAAGAGAAAUACUCUGAUAGUCACCAUAGCCACGCUUAGAAAUAGUUACAAAGUGUUGUCUGUAGACUCGAUAAGUGCCGCGUUUCGUAUUCGUGGAGCAUCCAAUCAAACGCGGCCAAAUGUUACAAAAUUGUAGUCCCUUCCCUCUCUCUCCCCAAGUGGCUCGCAUGCGGAAAGAUGUGUUCGUGCAAGUAGCCUCCGUCUGACCAUACAAGCCUGUAUCUAACUAAAACUAGAGACCGAGCGAACACGCGAUGCUUAAAAUGAUUCAUAUUUGGUUUCAGUUGAGGAGUUCAACGGUUGUUUGCAUCGCGACCAUUUUCGGCCUGUCAAACUUCGCAUUUUGCCAGAAGACUGAAGUUAGUCCUGAGAAAAGUAUUGUGUGGGGUCCUGGGCUGGAUCCAAGAGUUGUAGUUCCAGUGCGAUACUUCUACAUUCAGGCAGUAGACUCGACCGGACAAAACUUCACCACGUCUCCAGGUAAAGAUGCGUUUAAGGUGCAGAUUACAUCUGCGUCAGGGAAGGAGCAUAUCCGUAUCCACGUUCCUCUUCCCCUGGAUAGAGAAGAUGGGUCCUUCCUGGUGAGGUACCGGCUAUACACCACCCCCAGCUCAGAUCUCUCAGUGCAGGUCCUGCACAAGAAUAAACCAGUGGCCAAAUCACCUUACAUCCUCACAGGCCCAGUGUAUCACGAGUACUGUGCCUGCCCUGAGGAGGACGCUGGGGACUGGCAGGCGGCGUUGGACUGCCCAGCCGGUGACCCUCAGGUUGAAGCCGACUUUGAGACGUUCCCUUUCAUCGACCUGGCGCGGCUGAGCCAGGAAGUGCCUCAGCGCUUCGCCCAGAGGGGCGGCCUGAUCCACUACACCAUCCUCAACAACCAGCUGCACCGCCGCACGCAGGGCAAGUACACCGACUUCAAGAUGUUCUCCGACGAAAUGCUGCUGUCGGUCAUGAGAAAGGUGCGUCUGCCAGAUGUGGAGUUUUACAUGAACGUUGGCGAUUGGCCAAUGGAGAAGAGGAACAUGGGCGAGUCGCCGGGACCCGUGCCCGUCAUCUCAUGGUGCGGCUCCACGGACACACGUGACAUCAUCCUGCCCACCUAUGACAUCACACAUUCCUCACUGGAGACCAUGAGGGGUGUGACCAAUGACCUGCUCUCUAUCCAAGGACACACAGGCCCGGUGUGGUCCAAUAAGACAGAGAAGGCUUUCUUUAGAGGCCGAGACAGUCGGGAAGAGCGCCUCCACCUGGUCACCCUGUCCAAAGACAACCCUCAGCUGCUGGACGCCGGGAUCACAGCGUACUUCUUCUUCCGGCAGCAGGAGAAGGAGCUCGGCAAAGCACCACUGAUUGGCUUCUUUGACUUCUUCAAUUAUAAGUACCAGGUGAAUGUGGAUGGCACAGUGGCUGCAUACCGGUUCCCUUACCUGAUGCUGGGCAACAGUCUGGUCCUGAAACAGAAGUCUCCAUACUAUGAGCACUUCUACACACACAUGAAGCCUGGAAAACAUUACAUCCCUGUGGACAGAAACCUUGCAGACCUCAUACAAAAGAUCAAGUGGGCUAAGGACCAUGAUGCCGAAGCAGAGAGUAUAGCUAAAGAAGGCCAGCGAUUGGCCAGGGAGCUGCUUCAGCCCCACAGACUGUAUUGCUACUACUACCUGGUCUUACAGACCUAUGCGUCACGGCAAGUGGGUCAACCGACAGUACAUCCUGACAUGGAGCUGGUGCCACAGCCAUCCGACCACGCAAGCCUCUGCUCCUGCCAACGUGGGCCUCAGGCCAGUGGGGCCAGCCCCAGGAAAGAUGAGUUAUGA